CGGCCCGGCCCGCCCCCAGCUCCACGCCCGGCCUCCACUGUGUCCUGUCAGACCGUGGCGGCCCGCGGCACUGCACGCUAUCCUUCUCUGUGCUGCAGCCCCGUGAGGCAACGAUUGAGCGCGCCCACUUCCCAGCCGGCCCGCGCCCGCUCCGCUCCGCCUUCUUCUCAGCCGCCCGCCAGCCCCGUAGCGACAUGGCUCAGGCGCCCGCCAGCUACCCCAGUUCCCGGGGCUCCGGGGACGGCGAUUUGGGUAAGCCCAGGAAGGUGGCCCUCAUCACCGGUAUCACCGGCCAGGAUGGCUCAUACUUGGCAGAAUUCCUGCUGGAGAAAGGCUAUGAGGUCCAUGGAAUUGUACGGCGAUCCAGUUCAUUUAAUACAGGCCGAAUUGAGCACCUGUAUAAGAAUCCCCAGGCUCAUAUUGAAGGAAACAUGAAAUUGCACUAUGGUGACCUCACUGACAGUACCUGCUUGGUGAAGAUCAUUAAUGAAGUUAAGCCUACAGAGAUCUACAACCUUGGAGCCCAGAGCCACGUCAAGAUUUCCUUUGAUUUAGCCGAGUAUACUGCAGAUGUUGAUGGAGUUGGCACCUUGCGGCUUCUGGAUGCAGUUAAGACUUGUGGCCUUAUCAACUCUGUGAAGUUCUACCAGGCCUCAACAAGUGAACUUUAUGGAAAAGUGCAGGAAAUACCCCAGAAAGAGACUACACCUUUCUACCCUCGGUCACCCUAUGGAGCAGCCAAACUCUACGCCUAUUGGAUUGUGGUAAACUUCCGGGAGGCUUAUAAUCUCUUUGCAGUGAAUGGCAUUCUCUUCAAUCAUGAGAGUCCCAGAAGAGGAGCUAAUUUUGUUACUCGAAAAAUUAGCCGGUCAGUAGCUAAGAUUUACCUUGGACAACUGGAAUAUUUCAGUUUGGGAAAUCUGGAUGCCAAACGAGACUGGGGCCAUGCCAAGGACUAUGUAGAGGCUAUGUGGCUAAUGUUGCAGAAUGAUGAGCCAGAGGACUUUGUCAUAGCUACUGGGGAGGUCCAUAGUGUCCGAGAAUUUGUUGAAAAAUCCUUCAUGCACAUCGGAAAAACCAUUGUGUGGGAAGGAAAGAAUGAAAAUGAAGUGGGCAAAUGUAAAGAGACCGGCAAAGUUCACGUGACUGUGGAUCUGAAAUACUACCGACCAACUGAAGUGGACUUUCUGCAGGGAGACUGCUCCAAAGCACGGCAGAAACUGAACUGGAAGCCCCGGGUCGCCUUUGACGAGCUGGUGAGGGAGAUGGUGCAGGCCGAUGUGGAGCUCAUGAGGACCAACCCCAACGCCUGAGCGACAAAGCGCCUUGCCAGUUCUGAGCCCACGACCCAAAAUCCAGCGACUCUUGCGACCCUGCGCCCUUGAGUGUCAUCCCAGCCGCUAGAGUUGAGGUUUGUAGCAGCCAGGAUGAGACAAACCGCAGCCGUAUUGAAGCCUCUUGACUGAAUGAUUUGGGGAAAUCAAGGUGUUUUAAUCACAUAGUCAUUUUACUCGAAAUUAUGUCACUAGACAAAUUUGGGGGCCUUCAGAUUGUUUUUCUCUUUUCUUAUUAAAUGAUCUUUCUAUGAA